AUGUCGGAAAAGACAGAAGUGGAAGCGAAGAGAGUGUUCAUAGGAGCAGGAUGCAACAGAGUGGUCAACAACGUCUCUUGGGGAGCUUCUGGUCUUGUUUCCUUCGGUGCCCAAAACGCCGUUGCUGUUUUCUGCCCCAAGACUGCCCAGAUUCUUACAACCCUCCCAGGUCAUAAGGCUUCUGUGAAUUGCACUUAUUGGUUACCCAGUAGCAAGUUUUCUUUCAAAGCCAAGCAUUUGGACCGGCAUUAUCUGCUCUCAGGUGAUACUGAUGGUGUCAUCAUCCUUUGGGAACUUUCUACUGUCAAUAACAAUUGGAGACAUGUACUACAACUACCAAAGUCUUAUAAGAAAGGUGUAACUUGCAUCACUGCGUUUAUGGUUUCUGAAACCGAUGCUAUGUUUGCUUCUGCUUCUUCAGAUGGAGUUGUGAAUGUCUGGGAUGUUGCCUUUCCAUCUCAGUCCAGUGACGAGUGUAAGGUUUUGUGUCUGGACACUCUUUCUGUUGACUCCAAAGCAAUAGUGGCACUUUCAUUAGCUGAGUUGCCUCAAAGUCCUGGACGAUUUGUCCUCGCCAUGGGUGGAUUGGACAACAAAAUAAAACUUUACUGUGGAGAAAGAACAGGAAAGUUUACUUCUGUUUGUGAGCUUAAAGGCCACACGGACUGGAUCCGGAGUUUGGACUUCUCAUUAUCAGAAGAAACCACCAGUAGUAUCAUGCUUGUGAGUUCUUCACAGGACAAAGUUAUUCGGAUUUGGAAACUUGUGUUACGCGGUGAUGUGGGCUCAUGGCAAAAAGAGAUCACUCUAGCUUCUUACAUUGAAGGUCCAGUUUUCAUCUCAGGGACGUUUACAUAUCAGAUCUCAGUCGAAUCUGUUCUCAUUGGACAUGAAGAUUGGGUCUACUCUGUGGAGUGGCAGCCACCAGUCACUGACCAACAACAACCGCUGAGCAUUUUAUCAGCUUCAAUGGACAAAACGAUGAUGAUUUGGCGACCUGAGAAGAAAACAGAUGGCGCGUCGAUUCUUGCUCAUGGAUGCGGCGGAUCUUUUCAUCUAUGGAGAAAUGUUAGUGGUAGCAAAGAAUCUGAGAACUGGCAGAUGCAGAAAGCCCCCUCAGGUCAUUUUGCUGCUGUUACUGAUAUCACUUGGGCUAGAACAGGAGAGUACUUGCUAUCGUGA